AUGAGAAAUCAAUCGAAUAACGGUGGGCGGGCGGCGAGCGGCGCGGCGGAGAGCGCGUUCUUACAGAGCUGCUGUAGCGCGAGUUGCGUUACCGGCCUUGGCUCCGGUUACCAGAGGUUUCGCUGCUGCGCUCGAGGGGAAAGAAUAGCCAGCAGUUACCUGCACUGCAGUCUGCUCUCCUUUUCCUCUUUGUCCCCGCAGCACCGCACCCACACCAUCUCUGCCCAGCCGCCAGCCCGAAUCCACGGCACAGCUCCGAAACAGCCACACUGGCCUAAAAAAGCAGGUCGUACUCGGAACUGUAUUGAAUAUACAAGGAACGAUGCCGUUCAUUCGGCCCACAGAGGGGGUGAGCAGGCAGUAAAGAAGAACAGAGCAGCAGUGAAUGGAAACCCAAAUGAGUGCUCGAUUCCAAAUGAGUUACACUGUGUCACAGACACGACUGAUGCAGAACAAGAUGACCUACCUUGUGAUGGAGAUGGGGGAAUAGCCUGUGAACACCAUGGCAAGUCAGACCAAUUGAAUGACUGCACUUACAUCCCUGAUGCUUUAAACUUACCUCUUUCUGAGGAUAACAGAAAUGCAUCAAGUUAUGAGAUUUAUGUACAACCUGAAGGUGUAUUUAACUAUGCUAAAGGAACCAUAGGAACAAGUGGAAUUUCAGCUGGAAUACCUGGAAGUGAACUGUCCUUUAAAAAGGACAGCUGGUGUGGUCAACCAGAUGGCAGAGACCCUCCAAGUCACUCCAGUAUGUCCCAUGUCCUUCUGCGCCAUUUCCCUACAGGAGAGUUAACGAGCAAAUGGCAGUUGAUUGAACAUGAGACUAUACCAGAAACAUCCCUGACUGAAAGCAUUGACGAAACCACAAACAAGCACACAGCUUGUGAAUGCGUCCAAGGCCCUUCGACAGGUGAACAACAGGCAGCCAAGUUUGAAGAGCACCACUUAGAAAAGCUGAAAGCAGUGAGUACUGAAGGGAAAAUUCAGGAUUUGCUAAGUAAAAACACAUUUGUUUCAAAAGCCUCUACUUCUACUCUUGCUAAGCAUGGGUGCAGACAAGAAAAUUUGCUGUUGAUUAAUGAGUAUGAAGAUGCACGUAUCUUUCAAAACACAGAGCAGACAUACGUGUUUAAGAAAUCAGUUCCAUCUCAUGAGCUCAUAGCGGGCCAAGGUGAAGCUCAGAAGUGUCAGGAAGACAGUAAUGAAGUCACUUCAGAAAUGAAAGUACCAAAAAUGAGUGAAAAUAAUAAAUCCAUUCCCACCAUUAAAAGAACAACAUCCUUCCCUACAUUGCUAAGUAAAUCAGUAACCAUUAACAGCAUUCUAGAAAAUCAGAAAUGUUUUGAUUCCAUUGAAGUCACAAAUCAGGAAGGAACAAGCAUUCCAGAAUCGUCCCAACAACAAAAGGUACUGCCUCAGUCAGGUUUUCCAAAUGCAGGAUUUGCCAUUUACUCAGGAGACAUUGGAACAGCCCCUGAAGCCUCUACAGCAGACACUUCUGUCCUGCAGCCUUCACAUGGUUUGUCUGAACCAAGAUUGCCAUGUGGGAAAACAGCAUCUGCAUUUCCAACAACUCAUACAGUAGAACUGUGCAGUCUAAAUGCUUCUAAUUCAUUGCCCAAAAUUACCCAAGGAGAGAUGAUGUCUCAAAUACUAAAGGAACAGACAGAUCAACUAAAAAUUAAAGUGGAAGACUUCUCUAAACACGUGACCAAGGAGACAUUCCUCUUACAAGAUGAUUAUCUGGCAUUAAAUCAACUGAAAAGAUACCUUGAAGCCUUGGAAAGGAAUUAUUUAACUGCUAGAGAGGAGCACCGUAACUUACAGCUGCAGUACUACAAGGACAAGUCUGUCAACAUUGGAGAAUUUGACCCCAAAAGAAAGGUAGAAGGGGAAAUAUUUAGACUUGGCAUGAUGCUUGAAGACAUCAAAGAACUAGCAGAUGACAGCAGGCACAAAUGGGCUCCUUCACCCAGUUCCUGUGGAUCUGCCCAUUCCUCAUAUUCUCUUUGGGAGAGCUCAGUACUUUCCAGUAUUGCUGAUUCCCCUGAAGAAAAUACAUUUCUUAGCAAGAACAAUGAAGGAGAAAAUACAAGCCAGACAAGUUCCAUAACUCCACAGAGAAAUGCCCACUUCUCUUUGCAGUGUGACAGAUGCAAUCUUCGUAUUCACACGUUACAGAAGAGAGCCGAAUCAACUUAUGGGAAAGAAAUGGAUCCUCUGGGAAAAAGUUGUCUGCUAGCAAGCAAGUAUUCUUCACAUGAAAUGAGAUUCUUUUCACCUGAAGGAAAAUAUGAGGCGGAAGGUCUUGGAUUCCAUACUCAGGGUACAUUAAGUCAGAAAGAUAGUGCCAGUGAAGAGAGUAUGAAAGGAAAUAACAUAAUGGAAAGGAAAACUGGAACACAUACAAUCUUCAUUCUAAGAAAACCGACCGAUUUAUCAGAUAAAAAUCUGAACAAUGAUUCAGAAGCCAUCUCAGCCUACCAUUCUUAUGGUUCACAAAGCGAUGAAUUUAUGAAAUGUGAAAGUCACCAAAUUCUCCAUGCAAGGCUACAUAGAGAGAGAAAAGGAUUUAAAUGCAGAUGCUCCAGAGAAAGCCAAAAUCCAUUUAAACUCAGGAACUACAAGGAAUCUGUUCAGUCUUGCACUCCACGUAGAAAUAAAAACUCUGGUUCAACUUCUUAUUCGCAGAAGAGAAUCCCCAGUCAAAAGGCUCAAACAAAUCAACAGCCACCUGAACCUGUCAACAGACUUUAUGAAAGCAAGAAGUCUGCCCGAAACACAUCUGCGAUCAUCAGAAACAGAACUGCCAAAGACUUCAACAUAAACAUUUUAAAUUCUACUCUGGAUCAUGCAAUACAGACAGCAAACAGUUUGAAGAAAGCUACAGAAAAAAUGGUGCAAGCAAUUUCAGAAGAUCUAGCUAAAGCUAGAAGAAAACAGCUUUAACCAUCUAGUUUCAGAUGCUACAUUUUUUUGCUGGUUAUAAAUAAUAAACAUCUCUACAAAUAUAAAAUGACAAAGAUUAGAAGAUCAGCUAGCUUUAGUUCUAUGAUUGUCGGUACUAACUGGUACAUACUGGUAUUCCACAUGUUUAUACUCAGUGUCUGAACUAGAAAAUGAAUUGCUUAUCUAUUGAAGUCUUUGAUGUUUUGGCUGGCCCCUGUUAUUACUUACAACUGCCUUUCCUAAGCAUUCGUUAGGCAUCCAUUUCAGGUAGCUUCAUAAAAACUGGCUUAUCAAGCAAAGUUAAUUUUUUUUAAUUUCUAUUUCCCUCCACCCCCAAAGAGCAGAAUGAGUUUCAUUCACUCCAACGUACAUUUGCGUUUCGCACCUGAAAAGUAGCUGCUUGACCACACCAACAAAUAGAAGCAGGAUCUGCAGCUGCAAGCAGGAUGCUAGUAUAUCGAGUCAUAUUUAAAGCAUAUAAUUAUUUCUGGAGUGCCCUACAUUGAGAGUGUUUUGUUUAAGAGAGAUCCUUGCAUGUCUCAGAAACUGAGUAAUGCCAUUGGUUGUUUGCCUGUUCCUAACAGUUGAACUGUUGCUUCACUCACAUGGCCUCACAUUGUCUGAUAUAUGUGACUGAGAUUUCUAGCUGAUGAUGUAGGCUACAGAAUUUUUAAAAACCAUUCUAUGAUUUUUCUAAUGAAAUCCAUUUAACUGUAGCAAUUAAAAGCAAGCAGACAGGUAACAGCUGUGCACGUAUCAGAUAUGCUAUUCACUGAAGCAAAUCCAAAAUAUAUCAUAGAAUCAUUUGAAUUAGAAGGGACCUUUAAAGAUCAUCUAGUCCAACCCUCAUGAGUGUGAAGGCAUACCCACAGUUCCAUCAGGUUUUCAGUGCCCAGUGCAGCCUGACCUUGAACAUCCCGAGGACAAGGCAUCCACCACUUCUCAGGGCAACCUGUUCCAACGUUUCACUACCCAUACUGUAAAGGACUUUUUUCUUACAUCUAAAUCCUCGCUUCUUUAGUUUGAAACCAUUUCCCCCAUCCUGUCACAACAGACUCUGCUAAAGAAUCUGUCCCCUUCUUUU